CCAGAGAACAGGUACUCCAGCUAGUAUUUAAUACAGUAGCAUGAUUUAAAAAGUUAUUCCCAAGUUUUGUGGAAAUGUCACGAAGUGUCCCUUGGAGACUUACUUGCCCUUUAGCAGUACGGAAACAACAAGAAAAGGCUCAGAAAACUGUUAUUUACAUCUUACGAGACAUUGGACCAACGGGAUUUCUCCUGAAAGAAGCAAAUAGCGAAAGACAAUAUAAGGUUUUUCUGGGUGACCCUCACCGGUGUAACUGCCACAUAUUCAUACGUAUAAGGGAGUUGUGCUGCCAUAUUUGUUGGGUCCUUUUGAAACGACUUCGGAUUAAGCCUAGUGAUCCAGUUUCUUAUCAGCUCGGUCUUUUGAAUAGAGAAAUUAGCGAUAUUUUAUCGAACUUGGCAGUUUCGCAUAAUAUAAACGAACCAAUAGAGAAACACAAACACAGCCUGGAGGAGGUGUCUUCUGAGAAACCACAGCGUCUCGUCACAAAUUUGGAUGUUUGCCCAAUUUGUCAAGAACCGCUUCUGUCUAUCCACCAGCCGGUUACGUACUGCAGAUACGGUUGUGGAAACAACGUUCAUGUUACUUGCAUGAAAGUGUGGGUCGAUUAUCAGUUAAGAUCUGGAUCACUAGAUGGCGACACGAUACGCUGUCCUAUUUGUCGAGGACGGUAUGGUUCCAUAACUGAUUUGAAAUGCCAGUUUCGAAAUGCACGUGACAUGUUAGAAAGUAAUACUUCAAAAACCUCAACCCACCAAGGAAAAUCAUGUAAAUUAUGUGGGGAUUUUCCCAUUACUGGAAAGUGUUUCAAGUAUCGUGAGUGUGGUGGUUAUUAUAUGUGUCAGUCUUGCGUCAACACUGCUCCUCACAAUCAUAUUGUGCUGUAUCGAGAGAAGGCUUACAACAAACGGCGGGAAGUGCCUAAAGAACAUCUGCCCGAGUGUCUGGUUGCGUCACUUACAAAUCGAGAGUUCACGGAUAAAGACUAUGAAAUGUUACUUCAGUUAGAAAGCAUCGAGACCUCACAUGAAACUUCAAUCAGGUCACAAGAACACGUGGUCAACUUGUUACCCGUAACCCGGGUCUACAAGACCGGCAGGCUAUUACUUCCGGGUCAGCAAUGUUGUAUAUGUCUCAGGCCCUACAAAGAAGCACAGCUUAUACGCAAGUUACCAUGUAGACACAAGUUUCAUAAGGACUGUAUCGACAACUGGUUACUCUGGGUCAAAGAUGCCUGUCCCAUUGACGGUCGGUCAGUUGUUGAAAGUGUUGGACAGAAGAAUGUUUUGCCGCCUCGUGAACCAACAGUCGCCACUCUGGUGACAAACCUAUCGCUUCCCACACCUAGUUUCACGUGCGAUCGAAAUAAGAAACUAUCAAGAUCUUCAAGUCACCCCAACUCUCAAAAUUCUACAGGUCUGUCGGUCAGAGGUCAAGCCAUGAAACACGCUUUGAAGCCAAAUAGAUCCAGUCACGUUGUUUUACCUACAAUUUCACGGCCCGAAGACGUAAGAGAACGACCGCCAGAUGGCGAACAUUGUAUUAGUGAUAAAAGUAAACUUAAUUUGCCUGCAUUAAAUAUUAAACACGUACGUAUUUAUUCGUAAAACCUAAUAUAAUGUACGAAUUAAACAUUAAAAUACCGGAUAUAGCUAAUUAUCCUUGAUUUGUACGUGUAUGUUAAAAUAAUAGUUGUUAUACAAAUAUUUGAAGUGUUUUUUUUUAAUAUUUUGUGUGAAUAAUGUU